AAGAACUACUAAUUAUUUGUGUAGUGGUUGCCAUUGUAAUUUUUUUUUUUCUACUAUCAAUUGGAGUCUUUCAUUUGCUACAAAGGAGAAGAAGGAUGAAAAGAAAUAAUAAAACUCUUAAGGAGAUGAAUGUUGAUCUUAGUGGAAUUUUAACAGCUGAAUCAUUGCAAUAUGACUUUAGUACAAUUGAAUUUGCCACUAACUACUUUUCUAAGGAAAACAAAAUUGGUGUAGGUGGAUUUGGUGAUGUGUAUAAGGGGGAACUUGAUCAUGGACAAGAGAUAGCUGUAAAGAGGCUAUCAAGAAGGUCAAGUCAAGGUGUUGAAGAAUUUAAGAAUGAAGUUGUACUUGUCACUAAGCUUCAACAUAGAAAUUUAGUAAGACUCUUAGGUUUUUGCUUGGAAGGAGAAGAAAAAAUACUCAUCUACGAGUUUGUGUCCAACAAAAGCCUCGACUAUUUCUUAUUUGAUACGAAGAAACAAGCAACGUUGGAUUGGUCAGUACGUGACAAAAUUAUUAAAGGAAUAGUACGAGGAUUAGUUUAUCUUCAUGAAGAUUCUCGUCCUCGAAUCAUACAUCGUGAUCUCAAAGCAAGUAAUAUUUUGUUAGACAAAGAUAUGAACCCUAAAAUUUCAGAUUUUGGCAUGGCUAGAAUAUUUGGAGUUGACCAAAUUGAAGGAAGCACUAACAUAAUUGUUGGAACAUACGGCUACAUGUCCCCGGAGUAUGCAAUGCAUGGUCAAUUCUCAGUGAAAUCAGAUGUUUUUAGUUUUGGUGUGCUUCUUUUGGAGAUAACAAGUGGAAAAAGAAGAAAUAAUAAAGAAGAUAAAUUUGAUGACCUUCUUAUCCAUGCAUGGAAGUUGUGGAAAGAUAAUAGAGCAAUGGAAAUUGUUGAUCCAACUCUUAUUGGUGACUCAAAUUCAAUGUCGAAAAUUAUGAGAUGUAUACAUAUUGGAUUGUUAUGUGUUCAAAUUGAUAUGGAUGGAAGACCUACAACUACUUUGAUAUCUCAUAUUCUCGGUACUAAUUCUGCUAUUCUACCAGAGCCAAAUCAACCAGCGUCUUUUAAGGAUUAUUCUAGAUUAGGAAAUAUCGAUCAACUCACAAGUAAUUCCAUUCCGUCAUCUAGUUUUGAGGAAUUAAUUACGGAAAUCUACCCAAGAUAGUAUUGU